AUGAUAUACUGCUUUGAAGCCGCCGGUCGGGUGACCUCAGGGGUAUGCAGUACUUGUGGCAGUGCUUGCUCAUCCUGCAGCCAUGCCUGCAACAAUGCCUGCAAUUCGAUUCAGUGUACGGCAUGCUGUAAGUCUCUGACGAACGUCUCCAGCCGACCCCUGGGCUGUUUUGUCAUCCUGGCAUUUCUGCUGAACGUGCCGGCAGGAAUUCUUGCCGUGCUGAGCGCUCUGGACGAGGAGGUGCAGAGGUGCAGAGCUGCUCCAGUGUUGGCCUGGUGCUAUGGCGCGCUGAUGCUCUCGAUAACCAAUGCCGCCUUCGCCUUCUACAUGCAGCACAAGCUGGCCUCUGCAAUUGAAUCAGGCACCCAGCGAGGUGCUAGAGAUAUUUUUCGGCAUGCAGGCACUAUCGUUCUCUAUGAUUUUGUCUUCUGCUUCUACAUCAUGCUCUUUGCAGCCGGUUUCGUUUUCUGCUUUCUUGGAGUAGGGUGGUGGCAGACUUGCCACAUCCAUUCCUGGGAAGCUGUUUGGGCAGCACUCCUCCUGCUGUUCUUCGCAUUUGGCACGAUGGGCUUCACCUGCUGCUGGGGAUUUGCUGUGGGCUGCUGGGGUGGCUUAGAGGCGCUUGGCCUCUCAUCCUCCCUGGCACGCAUCUUCUUCGGCGUCCGCGAGCAGCCGGUGGUCUUUGCAGCCCCUGUGCAGCCUGCGCCGUACAGGAUGGCAGCUCCGGGCGCCAACACCUCUCAGGCCCUCCGGCCUGGAUACUGA